AUGGCGGUCAUGGAUCAACACCAAGAUGAUUUCUCUAAUGUGUCCUGGAAUACCGACGAGCACACUGCUGCAGAGAGCUCGAGCUCAGUGACGGCCACUGAGUACGACGAGGAUGCCGAUAGAAACGGCCACCAUGCCUACGAGAGCGACGCUCCUGGCAACGACGACGACCGGGAAGUUCUGGAUUGCACAGUUUCCGAGCCGCUCAAGGAAAAUGAAGGCUCCAAGGAUACCUUUGUUUCCUACCUCAUCACCACAAACACCACAUUUCCCUCCUUCCAGAGAUCGCAUACCACAGCCCGGCGACGGUUUACAGACUUUGUCUUCUUGUAUAAGGCACUGAGCAGAGACUACCCUACCGCCGCAGUACCUCCUCUUCCCGAUAAACAGCGUAUGGAAUAUGUCAGUGGUAAUCGCUUCGGGCCGGACUUCACCAACCGUCGAGCGCAUUCGCUGCAGCGCUUCUUGAACCGCCUCUCCCUCCACCCCGUCCUCCGCCGAGCUGAUAUCCUCCACAUUUUCCUCGAGAGCCCCGACUGGAACGCCACCAUGCGCAGCCGCAGCCUUCGAGGAUCUCAGAGCAGCGAUGCCGGAAGCAGUGGCGUGUUUGAUAACCUUACCGACAGCUUCCUCAAUGCCUUUUCCAAGGCUCACAAGCACGACAAGAGAUUCUUGGAGGUCCGGGAAAGAAGCGACAAGCUUGACGAGGAUUUGGCCCAUAUCGAGAAGGUUGUAGCGCGCGUGGCGCGCCGGGAGAACGAUCUCGAAUUGGACUUUAAAGACCUGGCAGAGCAAUUCCAGAAGCUCAUCACUCUCGAGCCUGGCGUCGAAAACGAAGUUCGACAUUUCGCCAACUCAAUCGAGGACACUGCCAUGGGCCUGCGAAAGCUGAAGGAUGUCACUGAUGGAGACUAUCUCGGCAGUCUUCGGGACAUGCAGGCGUACAGCACGGCACUGAAGAGCCUUUUGAAGGCGCGAGAGCAGAAGCAGGUCGACUAUGAGCAACUUACGGAGUAUCUUAACAAGAACACUGUCGACAGGGACCAGCUCCAGUCCGGCCAUGGCUCUGGAGGCCUUUCAGGUGCCAGCGGCCGGUUGAUGCGCAAACUCGAGGACGUGCGUGGAGUCGAUCACGAGCAGGCCCGUCGCGAUCGCCAAAGAAAACUGGAGAUGAACAUUGACAAGCUUACUACCGAGGCGGAGCGAGCCAGGAAGACGAGCGAAAUGUUCGAUGACGAGGUUGUCAAGGAGGUUGCCGACUUUGAGCGAAUCAAGCGAGUCGAAUUCAAAAAGCAGCUCGGAGGUCUAGCCGACUCCCACAUUGAAUUCUACGACGAAGUCACGGAAAUCUGGGAGAGCUACGUCAAGGCGAUGGAGGAACAAGGCGUUUCGGGCACCCGCAGUACCGGUGUUGAGCCUCCUGGUCGCCGGCUGGCGGAGUAG